AUGAAAUAUUUCUUUCAGACUAUCUUGUUAGGAUGCAUAGUAGCGGCGCUUGGUAAUUCAAACCCGGCGUUUUCGUCAACACAAAGUGGAAACAAUGCGAAGAAAGUUUCACCUUAUAAUUUCAAUAACAAUUACUUCAUCGCAGGUUCAAACUCCAAGAAAAUCGAAAAUAUGUUUGCUGAAGUGAACCAGCAGGUGACCGCACUCAAAGAAGAAACAAACACAAUGAAAGUUUACAAAGACUGUGCCGAAGUUUACAAGUCCGGUCACAAGAUCAGUGGAGUGUACAAAAUCGAUCCUGAUGGUUUUGGUGGAUUUAAAGUCUUCUGUGAUCACAAAACAGCGGGUGGGGGAUGGACAGUGUUUCAGAAGAGAUUUGACGGUUCUGUAGAUUUCUACCUCGCGUGGGAUGAUUACAAACGGGGCUUCGGCAAUCUGAACGGCAAGUUUUGGCUCGAACUGGACAAGAUUCACCGCCUGACCGUGAGCAGCAGUAACAAGCUUCGUGUUGACUUGGAAGACAGGAAUGGAAAAACAUCAUUUGCAGAGUACAGUUCAUUUUUUGUAGCGAGAGAAAGUGGAAAAUACCAGAUGAGUGUGGGGAAAUAUUCAGGUGCUGCUGGCGAUGGCCUCACCUAUCAUAGUGGUUCAGCAUUUUCUACCAAAGAUCGCGAUAAUGACAAGUCGUCCCACAACUGUGUCUCUCAGCGGCAAGGAGCCUGGUGGCACAACAAUUGCGAUCAUUCAAACCUCAAUGCUGUGUACUCCAGUAAAUUCAUUUAUUGGCACAGUUACGUCGUUAAGAGCUCUGGAAUGAAGAUUCGUCCUAAGGACUUCUAA